CUGAUAUUGUGCGCUCGAUAAAUCCACCAAUCCUGAGCAUAUGUUAAAAGAUGAGCAAAUCAUACUCGUAUGGAAGUUGCAUAUCUAUGUUUCAUUCUUUCUUCCGCUUCUCUUUCAUGCGGUCGUGAAGCCGUCAAGAUGUUCACGGCAAACGCUAAAAUUAUAAAAAGCGGUGGCGCUGAGCCUGAUCAGUUUGAAGCUAGUAUUUCACAAGCUCUUUUGGAGCUAGAAAUGAAUAGUGAUCUAAAAUCACAACUGAGAGAGCUUUAUAUCACUAAAGCGAGAGAAAUCGAGACCAAUAAUAAGAAGUCGAUUAUUAUUUAUGUACCGAUGCCAAAGUUGAAAGCAUUCCAGAAGAUUCAUACAAGGCUGGUACGUGAAUUAGAAAAGAAGUUCUCGGGUAAACAUGUCAUGUUUGUAGGUGAAAGAAAAAUCUUACCUAAACCAACGAGGAAAACUCGUACAAAGAAUAAGCAAAAGAGGCCAAGAAGCCGUACAUUAACCGCUGUAUAUGAUGCUCUUUUGGAAGAUUUGGUAUAUCCAGUAGAAAUAGUUGGUAAACGCAUUCGUGUUAAAGCAGAAGGCAAGCAGUUGAUCAAAGUGCAUUUGGAUAAGAAUGAACAGACAAACAUUGAGCAUAAGGUUGAUACUUUUGCCUCUGUCUAUAAGAAACUGACGGGUCGGGAUGUCACAUUUGAAUUUCCUGAAUCUUAUGUAUGAUUUCAUAAAAAAUAAAGGUUAUUGAAAUUA